UCGGUACCCGGAGAGCGCGUAAGCGUUGGUGUGACGGACAGCGAGGUCUCGCUACCUGAGGAGCUGUAGGUGAUCUCCUUCUGGGCAGGAGGCCGGGCUGGCAGCACCUUUUUGCUGGUUGCACAGGGAUAUGUUGUGGAUCCAGCAUGCAGCUCAUGAGGUAACCAUGCGGAAGAUCAGAGGUUUGCUGCACUGUUCGUGGUAUUGGUUCGUGUUACUGAUGGAACCAGGCUCCACCUGUGCUGUUUUUGGUGUCGGAGGAGUUGGCCUCUCUGUUGUCAUGGGCUGCAAGGCAGCUGGAGCUUCUCGCAUCAUUGCCAUUGAUAUCAACAACGAGAAGCUGGCCAAGGCCAAGGAGCUGGGAGCCACCGACUGCAUCAAUCCUCAGGACUUCAACAAGCCUGUUCACAAAGUGUUAAUUGAAAUGACUGGCUAUGGUGUGGACUACUCAUUUGAGGUUGUCAGCCUUAUCGAAACCAUGACUGCAGCUCUGGCCUCUUGCCAAAACAACUACAGACUCAGUGUGAUGGUGGGAGUGCCCCCCGCGGGAUGAAUGAUCACUCUGGACCCCAGGCUCAUCUUCAUGGGCCGCACCUGGACAGGGUCCAUCUUUGGAGGCUGGAAGAGUAAAGAUGCAGUCCCCAAACUGGUUGCUGACUACAUGAAGAAAAAGUUUGUUCUGGAUCCAUUAAUAACCCACAAGCUUCCUUUCAAUAAAAUCAACGAAGCAUUUGAUCUGCUAAGGACAGGGAAGAGUAUUCGCAGUGUCCUGGUGUUACCGGAUUCCUAAUUGUUAAGCAGCAGAUGGCUUAUCAGCAGUUCAAACUUAAUUAUCCUCCAAUACAACUGAUAUGAAAUACAAACCAAGACAUUUUCAAAAGGUCUGUCACCACCACCACCCUUGAAUAAAAGGAUCAGACUCCAAGCACAGUGUUUAUAAAUUAAAUAAUCUUUUCCCUCUUACUUCUUACUCCUGAUUCUUGCUUUAAAUACUCUGUAUUACGCUGCAAUUUUCUUUUAGUAGACAGUUAUGAAUUACAAGACUUGCUGCUAUCACAAGUGUUAUGAAAGGUUUGGAUUGUUUUUGUAUGGCUUUUAAGAUGCAAUCUUUUAAUAAAAUGAAAACAAAGGAAA